AUGUCUAUCUUUCAAGCUGGCGAACAGGUGGCUAGGCUUGCAUUAGACCAGCAUGCCCGCCAGGCCGCUAACCCUGAGAGUCGUGAGACCAUCAAUGUCACCAAGCUGAAGAACAUUGAUCGGCAGGCAGUUGUACAUGGAGUGGUACUCCAUGCAGCGAAGACCGGCACUCAGCUCAAUUCCAGCCACUGGCGCCUUUUCCUUCAGCUGGUGGCCCAAGAUCCAAGCCUGGGAAUACAGGGAUCGGCAUCCGUCGAGCUCAAUUCCAAGGCGCGACAGGCCGAUGGUGGAACAGUGCUGAUCAUUACCAGUCGCACUUAUCCAUUCUCAGAUGUGAAGAAUACCGCCCUGUGUCGCAAGUUCUACUCGUUCGACGGAUGGCUCGAAAUCUGGGCCAUAUGGAACGAUGUAGUCACUUAUGAACAGACAAUGGCGGAAACAUUCCCAUACAACAUCCCUCGGGGUAACCUUUACGGUCGGCGUCGUAAUGGGCUGCUCACGUACGUGCUCAGUCUGAGCCCAUACAUGAUAUAUGCUGACGUGCUGCUACUGAAUCAGCACUACGUGAAGGACACAUCCAACGGCACUUGCACCCCACCUCACACUGAGAUGUUGAUCAAGAACAAGAUGUGUAAUGAGACCAAUGUUGAGGGGGAGGAUGCUGCUGCUGCUGCUCAGGCUGCUGCCGACCCUCUUGUUGUCGCGAAUGGUGAGCUCGGACACUUCACAGUGGCUGCCAAACCGAACGGGUUCGUUCGCAUCCUUGAAGGCGGCUGGACGCUCCUCCACCUCAGGUCCUAG